AUGUACGCAAUUCACAAGCUUGAAAACCUGAAAGACACUGGAAUAAUCCGCAAGUUUGCUCAACUCAACGUGGAAGCAAUUCGGGCAAUCCAGGACCGACCCUUGCUGUACGCGCCCCAGUUCAUUCGAGGUCUGGAGUCCUGGAGGGAAGAAUUACAACGUAGCCGUCUGGCCUGCUGGAUCUGCGUCUACCCCAACGCAAAGAACGGAAGUGUCACGCUGGAGGAAGGCCAAUGGGUCGGUAUUCAUCGACUCCGUGGUCCACUGUCGCCCACGGAAUACAACUUCUUCAAAGAUGCAAGCUUGGAGACCACAGCCGAUGAACUGUGUACUCGCUGGAUCGCGGAGCGACUCUACAUCAAGCCCGACCAUCGCAAUGUGGAGUUGGGCAAUCUGAUCUAUUGCACAUCUAUGGAGUACCUCACCUCUCGGACGCAGUCCCUGCUCCAGCCAAAUCUAGCAACGAGCGCAGAAAAGCACGCCGACAUUCGGAUCUCGUUGACCGCGUACCAUGGGACUGCGUCGUUCGGCAUCCAUCGUGCGGGCACGCUUCGGGCCAUUCGAGAGGUGACUCGUGUCGAAGACCUCGACUACGAUGGACUUCUAGACCAGGUUCCCGCGGGUCUGCUGGGCACCGACGACUACACAAAACCUGUGGGGACCCUCUCUGAGAGCGUGCAGGAUAUCAUGAUUCGGGGUUGA